GAAAAAGAAUAAAGUUCCAAUGCUAUUUAUUAUAGAGCCUCAACCAAACCAUUUAAGCUAAACUAGUUUCUGUUCUACUACGUUUAUAAGGUAAAGCACAAGAAUGGAGAAUGAGGUGAUUCUAUUGAACUUUUGGCCUAGUAUGUUUGGAAUGAGAGUAAAGGUUGCACUAGCUGAAAAGGAGAUCAAAUAUGAAUAUAAGGAAGAAGAUUUGUUUACUGCUAAAAGUCCUUUGCUUCUGAAAAUAAAUCCAAUCCACAAAAAAGUCCCAGUUUUAAUUCACAAUGGAAAAAUUGUUUGUGAAUCUCUAAUUGUAGUUGAAUAUAUUGAUGAAGUUUGGAAUGACAAAGCUCCAUUGUUACCCUCUGAUCCUUAUGAGAGAGCACAAGCUAGGUUCUGGGCUGAUUACACUGAUAAGUUAUAUGAUUAUGGGAGAAAAAUAUGGGCAACCAAAAGAGAAGAGUUGAAGGAAGCUAAGAAAGAAUUGAUAGAUCCACUCAAGUUACUAGAGCUAGAAGUAUUAGGAGACAAGCCGUACUUUGGAGGUGAAAACUUUGGUUUUGUGGAUAUUGCCUUGAUUGGAUUCUACUGCUGGUUUUAUACAUAUGAGAAUUUUGCCAACUUCAGCAUAGAGGCCGAGUGCCCGAAACUUGCUGCUUGGGGCAAGAGAUGUAUGCAGAGGGAGAGUGUCUCCAAAUCUCUGCCCGACCCUCAUAAGAUUUAUGAGGUACUACUAGAAUUUAGAAAGAAUUAUGGAGUAGAAUAAACAUAUUCAUGUGGUUCAGAAUUGGAGUAUGAGUAGAUAUUUUUCUAGGAAUAAAGACAAUCGCCUGGCGCUGGCUUGUUUUGUACAAAUAACAACAACGAACUCAGUGUAAUCUCAUAAAUGGGGUCUGGGGAGGGUAAUGUAUACGUAGACCUUACCCCUACCUUAUAAACGUUGGCUUAUUGAGUACUAUAUUUAUGUAAUAAAGUGACUAUUUGAAUAUAAAGACCUAUUUUAUGUCAUAAGGA